AGGACUCAUUACCAACUCACACAACUGAGGGACCAAGUAGUUUUGCAGACACCCCAUCAUCCCAGACAUGCCAAUAUUUUAGGAUUAUUAUUUUUAAUACUAUUCAUUGCCGAAAGUCUGCAUCAUUGACAUGAUGAGCUGUCAUGGAAUAAUGUGAGAUUGUAGAAUAUUUUGUGCGAAAAGAAAAAGUUUUCAUGCGAGAACGAAUAGCAGAAAGCUGCGAGAAAGGAAAGAUGAAUGGGGUGACAAAGCUCGGUACAGACACAGUGCAUAAGAAGAUGGGCAAGGAACUUUGUAGCCCUCUUAGUAACAUUUACAACGAACCAAUCACGAACAAGUACACAGUUCUGGAAGAAAUCGGAAGAGGUAAAUUUGCUGUCGUACGGAAAUGCUCACACAAAGAAACAGGUGGGACCGUGGCCGCCAAAUUUAUACGAAAACGACGCAAAGGGAAAAGUGCGCGAGACAACAUUUUGCAGGAAGUGAUGAUGCUGGAGGUGGCGUUAAGCCACCCACGCUUGGUCGAUUUGUUGGAGGUGUACGAGACACAGUCAGAGGUGGUCGUCGUAACAGAAUAUUGCUCUGGUGGUGAGCUGUUCUAUGAGUGUGUCAUUGAGGAGUCGUUUCAGGAGUCGGAUGUUAUAGCCCUGGUUCGGCAGAUAGUGGACGGCCUCAUAUACCUUCAUGACAGAAACAUCGUCCAUCUAGACCUCAAGCCACAGAAUAUUUUAUUGACAAAGCCGUUUCCUGAAGGGACUAUAAAAUUGUGUGACUUUGGCUUUGCUUGUUUGCUCAACUCGGGAGAAGAGAUUCGGGAAAUUCUGGGCACCCCAGAUUAUGUUGCCCCUGAAGUGCUAAACUACGAACCUAUUUCUCUGGCAACAGACAUAUGGUGAGUUUGAGGCCUGGGUGUACUGACGUACGUGAUGCUAACGGCAUGUUCGCCGUUCACAGGCAAGUCACAGCAGGAAACCUUCAUGAACAUCACACUUUGGCAAACUGGACUUCCCUGAGGAACUGUUUGGUCAGACAAGUCUACAGGCCCAGAUUUCAUCAGGAGUCUCCUAGUUCAAGAUCCAAAGAAGCGCCUCACAGCGCGACAGUGCCUGGAACACCCAUGGCUUAAGGGAGAGAACUCCGACAACAGGUGCCCCGGCGGAGACGUCAACGUGGCACGCUGGAUGUCAAAUGUGAGCUGGACCUCGGGGAAUUGAGCUGUAUAAACAGAGCGGGUCAUGUUCACGUACAGCCAGUGCCCAAUAAACGACAUAAAUGUAACGGGACUCUGGCGAAUUUACCUCCCCCUUCUCUGCCGGCAGAGGAAGAACAAAACAGUGUAAAGUCACCAUUGAAUGCGGACAUGGAUCUUAAAACGCGCACGGUGAACGGCAGCCUCAUUGUGGCGCCAACGCAUAAUACUGAAGGGGACAAAGAAAAUCAGCCGUUGGCAUUUUGUCGGGGAGCACUGCGGCUGACAAAGUGACAGAGAAACAAACGGCCAGCGCUAACGGAAGUGACCAGUGUGAACCGUCUAUAGACCAGUGAUGGCCCGUGUAACUGUGUAAUCGUGUGUAUAAUAAUACUAGUGUGUGUAUAAUAGAGAACAUUCGCUCCAGCUGUGCUAGGCAGAUCGAAUCGGGUCAGAUCAGCAAUUACGCCAGUGGUAAUUCCUGCUAUUGGGAGAGUUGAACAGCAUCUGUGUGUCUCACAGGCAAGCCUGUCAGAAGUAUCAAACCCGAGGGUGUUUCACUUGCUCUCCCCUCCCUUCGUCAUGAAAAUGAAAGUGCCCGUAACCCUUUGACACUACAUGCAUGUGUUAAGUUAUGCUUUGUGACCUGGGUUUAACCAUUUCCUCUGCGAGGGGUGGUGGUGUGAAAAAUUUCCAGUUUGCAUACAUAUGAUCACGUAGGUGCUCUAAAAAAAAUCUUGAUGUACGAGAUGAAUUUUAUUUAUUGACAAAAAUUUUUUUUUUUUCUUUAAGAAUUUGUUAUUGUCCAAAUAUUACAUGUUCAUGUAGUAACAACAACAACAACGAUGUCCGACGACAACAACGGUCACACAGUGUAUUUAGGUGCUUUUCAGGGAGACAUACUGCUGUGCAAACCAUGAUCAUCUGCCGAAAACAUCUCCCCGAAAUGUCCACAUUUUUAGCACAGAGAAGCAUCAUCAGGUAACAUAAUACGUGCAUGUAUGACAUUAUUUAAGUAUUUUCCAAGUUUGUGUCUGAAGCAGUUAUUGCUUAUUUCGGAAACUCACCAUCAUUUCAUGAGAGCUGUUUCUAGUAUGAAGAAUUAGAUGGUGGUCUUGAAAGUUUAAAGAGAAUUUUUGGUAAAAUGCACAUGUAACAGAAAAAAGGCAUCUCAAGAACAUUUAAAUCAUAAAAAAAUGUAUUUUUUAUUAGUUCAGAGUACAUUACAUGUGUAUGAAGUCAUAAAAAAUUCAGUGCUCAUGAUAAGAAAGCAGUAAUUUAUGGCAGACUUAGUAUAUAUAUAUAUAUAUAUACAUGCGCGAUACUGACAUCCUCAUUCAUUGCCUCAUGAAAAGUAUUUGACUUCAUGAACUUAGUACUGCCAUUUUAAUGUAAUUUAUGACUCAUCACAGUGAAAGUACUAGUUUUAUUGAGAACAAAUGAGAGGGCGUACAUGUUUUGCUGUGUGAUAUCAUACCCAAAAAGAUCUGAAUAUUCGCCAGCAAAAGAGCAUUUUUGGGAGGCCAAUAAAUGUCGUGAGACAUUACUUCUGUGCUAAAAUUUACAUUUUCCAAAUAGAAUAUCAUCCUACCUUCCAGAUACCUCGGAAAGCACCUUUCUUAGAUACAACUCCCAGAAUGUGGAAAAAUGACCAACUUAGUCAUAGGCGAAUUUUUAGGGCAUUUAGGGUAGAUGGCGUGAAAGAAUGAACUUGUACAGAGAGAAAAAUGCAAGCAUUACCAGGUGCAACACUGAAAAAGUAAAUAUCGGAAAAUAAUCUCCCAAUUUUCUUUUUUGUUUUUUCCAAAUUUGAAUGUGCUAAAUUGUGGUAAUAAAAUUUUAACUCUGCGAUUUACCCAUAGCAUGUAGAUGAUAAUUGUGUUGGAAGGAAAACUUCAUCUCGAGACUUUCUCUACAAAAUAAGUUUAGUAACGUUUGACGUGAAGAACCACAGUGCAAGAGAUUUAAAUAGAAAACUAGAAAAAAUUUUGUGCGGCUGGAUUUAAGUCUCUCUUAAGUCUCUCUUUAACCAUAUUUGAGAAGUUUUUAAGAAAAAAAAUUUUCUUUGAAAGUAAGGAUAUUUCAGAGAUAUAGUUUUGAGUAGUCUGUCUGGUUAUGCAGUAUUUAUUUCUGAGUUUUCUUUGUCUUUUAUAAUGAUACUUACUAGUAUAUAAAGUAUGAGUGCAUUCUGUAAGGUGCGUGUGGAUAAACAUUGUUGGUUAUGUUAAACUGAGUACUGUAUCACUGUUUAAAUGAAGAUAGGCCUGAAAUAGAUUUUAUUGACAUUUUGUAAUACAAAUAUACUACAUGUUGUAGUUGAAGAGUUUAAAAAUCAUCGGAAUAUUAUCUUUUAUU